GAUUUAUACUUUUACUUUUACUUUCGAUACUUAAGUACAUUUGAGCAAUUCCAUUUACUUUUGAUACUUACGUAUAUUUAAAACCAAAUACUUUUAGACUUUUACUCAAGUAUUAUUUUACUGGGUGACUUUCAAUUUUACUUGAGUCAUUUUCUAUUAAGGUAUCUUUACUCAAGUAUGACAAUUUAGUACUUUUUCCACCACUGAUCACAAGACACUAUAUUUACAUUACAAGGCUUACAAAAUUGAAUCAUGGUUAAAUAAACUAGUCAAAGCCUGAUGUAGAUUAAAGAAACCUGUUUAGAGACAAGUUUAACAACAUGUCAUUAUUUCUAGGAAAGACACUGAGCUUCAAAGAAGGUAAACUGGUUGAUUGAUAGGUCAGAUGUCAGUGAUGAGACUACGUCACAACAAGCUCAUUUACAUAACCUGUGAAAAACCCUAAACCGGUUUAACUGUCUCAGUCGACUUGGAUGAUCUAAGGCUGAGAGGAAGAGAGACCAGAGCACUGCUUCAGUAUAAUCAACUCUCCUUACUUCACCCAUAAAACAACUCUACACUUAGCCAUGGCAUCUGUGUCAGUCAGCUCUCGUCUAAACAAGGCCAUCCAUCAGCACUACAUGUCCCUUCCUCAGGGGGACCUGUGUCAGGUCACCUACAUCUGGAUCGAUGGCUCCGGGGAGGGGCUGAGGAACAAGACUCGCACCCUGGACAGAGAGCCCCAGGGAAUAGAGGAUAUUCCAGAGUGGAACUUUGAUGGCUCCAGCACCUACCAGGCCGAGGGAUCCAACAGUGACAUGUACCUGAUCCCAGUGGCAAUGUUUAGGGACCCUUUCACACUGGAAUCCAACAAACUGGUUUUGUGUGAGGUCCUCAAGUAUAACCGCUUGCCUGCAGAGAGUAACCUGCGGUCAGGUUGUAAGAAAGUGAUGGAAGAAGUGAAGCACUAUAUCCCCUGGUUUGGAAUGGAGCAGGAGUAUACUCUCCUGGGGAUGGAUGGUCGCCCCUAUGGCUGGCCCCAAAAUGGAUUCCCAGGACCCCAAGGUCCAUACUACUGUGGGGUUGGUGCAGACAACGCCUAUGGAAGGGACAUUAUGGAGUGUCACUACAAGGCAUGUCUCUAUUCUGGGGUCAAAAUCUGUGGCACCAAUGCUGAGGUCAUGCCAUCUCAGUUUGAGUUCCAGGUGGGUCUGUGUGCAGGGAUAGAGAUGGGAGACCACCUGUGGAUGGCACGUUUCUUGCUGCACCGUGUGUGUGAGGACUUUGGAGUUGUAGCCACUCUGGACCCCAAACCAAUGAAGGGGAACUGGAACGGGGCGGGCUGCCAUACCAACGUUAGCACCAAGGAGAUGAGGGAAGAAGGAGGGCUGCAACAUAUUGAGCAGGCCAUUGAGAAGCUGAGCAAGCGACAUGCCCAGCACAUAUGUGUGUACGACCCUCACGGAGGCCAGGACAACAUCAGACGCCUCACAGGCUUACAUGAAACCUCCAGCAUCCAUGACUUCUGUUUUGGUGUGGCCAACCGCGGGGCCAGCAUCCGGAUCCCACGCCAGGUGGCCCAGGAGGGGAAGGGAUACUUUGAAGACCGCCGGCCCUCCGCAAACUGUGACCCUUAUGCCGUGACGGGCGCCAUCGCAAGAACCUGCCUGCUCGGGAUGGAGGAGGAAGAGGAGAGUACAUGAGAAUAGUCUGCAGUGACCAGACUCAUAGACACAUAUAAUCCUGUAGCUGGUGGUUGGUGGAAACGUCCCUUUGUUUUUCCAUGAUUGUGCGAUAGAACUAUAUUGUAACCAAAUAAAUCUAUACUUAAGACUACUGGUUGUGGGCCUCCCGAGUGGCGCAGCGGACUAAGGCUUUGCAUCGCAGUGCUAGAGGCAUCACUACAGAUCCGGGUUCGAUCCCAGGCUGUAUCACAACUGGCCGUGAUCAGGAGUCCAGGAGUCGUUAGGCUGGGGGGGCUUUACUUGGCACAUUGCUUUAUAAUGAAUACUACUUGUUGGAUGCUUUAAAGAUUCAUUACUUGAAUGUUUAUGAAGGUUAAUUAUAUUUUUCAGUCUUGGUAAUUGCAGCUGGUCCAAUUGGCAUAUUAUUCAGUUUGUUUAAUGUUUAUUGUUUGAAGUUGAGAUUGAAUAAAAUUAUGCUGAAUUGAACACGAGGCGCAUGUUCUUUAAAAUCACUACUAGGUGGAAUCAUGAUGCAAGUUGUAAUUGUCACCCCUCAUACUGGACAUGAAUGACAAUAAAAUGAGUAUU